AUUUGUCUGCCACAUAUGUCAUCAAGGAUGUCUCCUUUCAGAAAAGAGUACACCACGUUUGUGUCCGUUCACCACCAUAAAACAGUUUCCUGGUCUGAGAGAAUGGAGUUUAUCAAUGGCUGGUACAUUCUCAUCAUCAUCAGUGAUACGCUGAGUAUUGCAGGUUCAGUUCUCAAAAUCUGCAUACAGAGCAAGGAGCUGACGAACUAUGACGUGUGCAGUAUUUUGCUGGGCACAGCUACAAUGCUUGUGUGGAUUGGAGUAAUGCGUUAUCUGAGUUUCUUUCAGAAAUAUUAUAUCCUCAUCCUCACCCUGCAGGCUGCCCUUCCUAAUGCCAUUCGAUUCUCCUUCUGCGCUGUUAUGAUCUAUCUCAGCUACUGCUUCUGCGGAUGGAUCGUUUUGGGGCCACAUCAUGAAAACUUUCGAACAUUUAACAUGGCAGCUUACUGCCUUUUUUCCCUGAUUAAUGGGGAUGAAGUCUACUCUACCUUCAAAAAGCUCCGGGACAAGACCUAUCUGGUGUGGUUGUUCAGCAGAAUGUAUAUCUACAGCUUCAUCGCACUCUUUACAUACAUGAUUUUGAGCCUCUUCAUUGCCAUUAUCACAGACACUUAUGAAACCAUCAAGCAUUACCAGAAGCGUGGAGCUCCAUUAUCAGAGCUGCAGGCCUUCAUAGCUGAAUGCAGGGACCCACCCAACUCGGGGAAGUACAUGAUGGAUGAAGAAUCCUCCAGCUUUUGUUGCCUUUGUGCUCCUUGCGUGUAUUGAACCUGAAACUAAUGAGAAAACUCCUGCCACAUGUUUGUUUUUUGACAUGACAUGACUAUACACAAGACUGUAGGACUGAGAAAUAGGUGCCAAUAGAUCAGACAUAUGUUACAAUAAAAUAAUAAAAAUAAAUUAAAAAAUAAUUAUAAUAAAUCAAAUUAAAAAUAUAUUUACAUUUAACAUAUACACUUAUAUAUCACUUUUAACAAAUUUAAAAAUAAGGACAAGUGAUUAAUUUUAUGCAAGCAAUAGCAAAGAAGUCAAACAAUACAAAGUUUCAGACACUAAUAGUACAAGAAAGAUAAUAAAAAUAUUGAAGGCAUAUAUUAAGAUUUUAUUUUUAUGUCAAUAGGAUGUACUGUAUUGUGCCCAUGCCCUUAAUCAAGUUUACAAGAACAGG